UUGACAUUCACUGAAAAUAACGGUUUUUUCGUGUUUUUUUUUUUGCUCAAGUUUAGUAUUAAAAUUGUUGAGGAUCAUGCUACCUUGAAAAGUCCUGAUGCAGAUGAUCAGGUGAAAGUGGAUGGAUCAGAGGAAAACAUAGAGAAGAUGGAGGUAGAAACCUCUGUGCUCUUCACUCCAUCUGAGGUGAAGCAACAGCCAAGAAGAGAUCAACAUUUGAACUUUAUUGCAAGCACAAAGAUUGAACAUCGAAGAGCAGAUGCACCAGAAUAUUUUCCUGGCUGUGAUAUUCCUGUUUAUCAUAAAGUCAACUUUACCAUAUGCCUAUCAUUCGCAAUGUUUUCCAAACAGUUUGCAUCCUCCAUACAUUCUUUAGACAAGAAGCAAAAGUCUGAGGCUCUCACAGCCCUGGGUUACUAUCACACCGAAUUCCGACUUCUUCCAACUGAUGAUGAGCCCACACAAAUAGACAUUGUUCCAUACCCCUACUUUGCCCGUGUUUUUGCUGACAAAUAUGAGACGAAAACUGUUAAAUACUACCAUGAUGCUGACACUGAUGAUGGAGAAAGCCGAAAACAAGUGAAUUUUCAAAAAGAAUGGUUAAAACAAGAGGAGAAGAUUACAUUAACAUCAGAAAGUAACACUCCCAUUGAUGGUCAAACCUCUUCAAAAUUGAAAGAUGAAAGUUCAUUGAACAUUCUAUCAAAUGAAAGGUUCGAAGUGCAACUUGACAGUAGCAAGCGAAAAUUUUCUACUAUUUCAUUGAUAAAAACAGAUGUGCAGCUCAGUCAUAAUAAAAAAACUUCAGUUCAAAAAGAAAUUCCAAUUGCAAAAGUUUCACUCAAGUUACGAUACUUCUUUUCAGACAUACAUACUAUCACCAGAAGAUUGGAGAAGCCAGCAGAAUUCCUGGUGGACUUGUUGGCCAGUGUGACUCUUAAUAAGAGUCUACUGUCUGAACAACAGAAAAGAACUCUCAACCCAAUGAUUAUCACUGUCCACUGUGUUAAAGACAUGCCAGAUUGCAGUGAAGAGAACAAUUUUGAUUACUCACAACUUAGAGCCAAAUGUCAUCCUGUCUACCUGAAAUAUCAGUUUAUGCACAAGGAACCAUAUCAAAGUCCUGGCAAACCUCAUCAAAGACAGAUCUAUUUUAAUGACAUCAAUGUUAUAUUGACUGGCAAUAUAGACCAAAUGGAGUUGCGUGAAUUCUUCCUUGGUUCAGGUCUGGUUAUUGAGAUUCACGAUCGAGACAGAAAACCAAGUAAAACUAUUCCUCCGCCAUUGCUCUUUGGGGAUGAUCUUAAUGAUGAGAAAUUUAACAAUAUUGGUGUAAUAACAAGUAAAAAGACAAAAAUAAACCCUUAUAAAACACCUCCAGCAAAUUCCUUGGAUCCUUUUGGAGUUGCUCACUUUGAUUUAUCUGGUUUCACCCUGGGUCAGAAAUUCAGCUACCAGGAACUGCCUAUUCACAACAGCCCUACAUUAGCUUCUCUGCAGAAUGCUGAAAAUAUGAACUUUGUUAAGAAAGUCAAUUCUGAUUCAAAUAAAGAAAAUGGACCUUUUAAGCCUGGUCAUUAUAUCCAUUCCUGUGCUAUGUUAAAUGUUACCAUCAAACUAACUUACCCAUUAAUCAUUCCUUUGGUAACUAAUCCAAGAGCACCAAUAACUGCAACGUACAAUUGUCCUUUUGGAAGAAUGGUAUUUAGAAUAGGAGCUGGGAGGCAAAAAUUCCUGGAAGAUGUUCUGAUAACAAUUGCUCGAGUAAAUGGCCAAGCUCUUGGACUGAAUGAUGUUCCAGAUAAUAUACUUAUUGCCACUCUUCUCACACUAAUUACAACCAGGCACCAACGCUUUGACCGUCUACUUGAUAUAAUCACAGGAUUUCAUAUAAUUGAUGAAUCUAUGCAUCUUCUUGUAGUAGAAGGCCUACAGAACCAAGGCAUCAAAACUCUGAUUGAUCGAUUUGGAGAUACUGACCUCCCUGAAGUGAAAAUACUGUUCAACACUGAUCUCAUUUGUUCUGAUCGACUUUAUGCUUCCUUUGAUGUCAUCUUAAGGAAAGUGAAACUACAUGAAUCGCUAGACUCUAUUGUACAACAGCCACUAAUCUACAUUAGAGACAUGGUACCUCGCCCUUGUUAUGAUGCCUUGAUUCAAAUUCAUGAGCUUAGCAAAUGCUCCAGGUUAAUUGAUGCCAUCCGCAACCAAUUUUUCCCCAAUGCCAACAUGGUACGCUCCCUGAGCAAAGAGUUUGGUAUUGUCAUCAAAGAAGAGCACUUCAAAACUGGUGCUUCUGCUACAUAUCAGGAAGACAACAAACCUCAAGUAUCACUUCUGGAUACUCUGGCUACAGCAAUUACUGAUCAGUAUGACAACAAAUCAAAAUGCAUCGAUCAUUACAAUAAACCAUAUGUCCGGUUACUCAAAAGGAAUCUGCACAGUGCACCGGCUGAUUUAAUUGCUCGUAAUAUCAGUUUAGUGAACAGUGCAAGUAAUAAAUUGAAAGCAAUGAAGGAGCCAGAGAAUACAGUCAGUUUGCCUUUUCCAUUGAAAGAAGUUCACAACUAUGGAAUGAGUACAUAUAAUACAGUCGAACUGAAGAAACUUGAACUCAGGCGGGAAAUGGAUCCGAAAUCACUGUACACAUAUUGUCCUGACUUCCAUCACUCUAUGACAUUCGCACCAAUGGAGUUAGAACAACUAUAUAAGCAAGAGGAGAUCUGUAAAAAGGAUAAAUGGACAACCCCUAAUGGAUGGGUGUAUCCAGGUUUUAAAUCUGCCGUUGACAACUAUGUCCACCCAAAAAAGCCCAGUUCAGCCAGACUCAAGGAAUUAUCUCAGCCAUACGAAGAAACUCUGAGGCUAGAGAGAAGAGACCCAAGGGAACGUUGUGCAUUUACUUGGUCUGAACGAAAUCUGGAUAUGAACUUAUGGAGUUGCCCGACCACUGAUCCUGGUGAAAAAGUCUACGUUCUUCACAAUCCAGGGGACCAAGAGGCCAUCAUUAAAGAAAAUCAUGAAAAAGAGGCUGAAAACUGGAAAAGCAAAGUGGUAGUGAAAAAUAUAAGAACGCGUUUUCAUCGUCAACUGACAGAAACUGAACUACAAAUGCAAGGACAACGUGCAUCAUGUCAGCUAGAUAGGAUGAAAGGCUUACUUAAGGAUAAACCGAUACGAAGGACAUUCAAGUAUUGCCCAGUAGCUGACAUGACAUCACUAGGUGUGAUCAACUACCCUGAAUUGAGCGUGAAUUCGGCUAACCGAAAAUUGCUCAGAUCAUAUGAUGGUGACAAUCAGAAAAGCGCUUAUGUACCAGGUCCAUAUUGGCCGGAAAGGAGUUUAGCACUUAUUGGUAACCAUACGCUGACUCAAGAUUAUGAACACAAAAAAUUUGCUACCUUAAAGGGAAAAGAUUUCAAGAGUCUUCACAAACGACAUGACUCAAUUUACAAACGCAAACACCCAGUGUUGCCUGUUAGGGAAGAAGAGAAGCACACUCAUUAUGGGAAUCUGAAAAAUUGUUUCUGUCGAUCACAUACCGUUCCAGAAAUCUGGCAACAACAGAUUUUUCAUUGUUCAGCGCCUCCACACACGGCUGAUCCCAAGUAA